GAAGAAUUCGCACACGGGUUGGCCUUGCCGAGGGGGAAUGACGGACCCUCCCCAACUGAGCCCUCGCCGCCCGGAGGCCAAGGUCGGGCGAAUUCACCCGUGCCCGCCAGACACCAACGUUUGUGACGUCAACGACGUCAUUGGUGCCACCGACGAUGUGACUGAAAGCCACAAGGCGGACGGGAUGACGUUCAAGGCAACCGCGCAGACGUUCGCGCGGCCAGACAAUGACACGUGGGACGCCGGGGGCGUGCCCGACAUGUCGACCACCGACCAAGUCGAGGCAAUGUGCGGCUUGGGUUACGUCGUGUUCACGCUGGUGCUGACCAUGAGUUACUUGACGCUGUUGGCGCCUGUCAUGGCCAACGAUUUGUGGUGGUCGGGCUUCAAUUCGACGGGGGCCCAGUCCUACAUCAUUGAUGCCAUGAACGACAAGCUGAUUGUGGCCACGACCGAGUCCAUCGACUUGACCGCCUCGACCAUGGGUCGCCCCACCGACUACUCGACGUUCUACUCGCCCAUUCACAUCGCGUCUACGUACACUCGCAUGGUGGUCGAUUCCGAAAGCGCAAACCUCACGUCAGCCAUUGCGUCGCUGCAGUUUGUGUGGUCGCCAGAUAGCAUCCCCACGCAGUUUUGCUGGGUCGACUUCAACAAAACGUGGGAGGUUGCGCACACUGGACCGCGCCAAGCGCGAUGUUACGUGCGAUAUACGGCCAACGCUGCCGUGUACUGGGAGACCACGAUUCGCAUGUCGGACUGGAAUACUUGGAUGACGGCCAAGGAGGCCCAGUUCAACGUGACGCUGGGCAACGCGAUGCGCCGAACGCCAGCAGGGGACGAGUGGAUUCGGCGCUCAGCGAACGCGUUCAAGGACGUGCCGUCCGAAGUCGAGGUGUGGAAGGGCGCGGGGCUGACCCACUUCACACUGCAGUACGCAAACGUGUUCGCGUGGGGCAUUGAAGAACGAAUUCAUAUCCAAAACGCGUUUGGAGGUAGCCAAGCGAUCUCGAUCAAGAGCAGCUCGGUGAAAAGCCUUGGCGCGCAGUGGACGACCUUGAUUCUGUGCUGGGGGCCUUGGAAUGACUUGACUGUUGGCGCUUCCGUGGAAUACAGUCUUGUGCGCAACGACCCGCACAACCAACGGUUCACUUCCCCGUGCAGCUACGACGACUACCUGGCAAAUCCUGACACGUACGACUGCGACCCGUGCAAGGCCCCGUGGAAUCCGAUCCCGGGCGACUGCUGGCCAGACUUUGAGCUCUUCUUUGCGUUCCCUGCCCUCCCAGGCAUUGAAUUGGUGAGCUCCAACAUUGGUCCGUUUGGGUCGAUCGACUUGUACCUGGUGGCGACCCCGCCGUCCCUGAAGACGCUUGCGUCAACCUAUCAAGCAGCCUUGGCGGUGCUGGCACCGACGAACGAUGCGUUCAAGUCAGCCCUGCACAAAAUUCCGGGGUACGAAGCAGACCCAGUGCCGUUGGCGUGGUCUAGUGAGCCGUACUUGUACAUGGGGGGCGAUCCGUCGUGCCCGUUUCGAGACCCGAUGCCGUUUGUUCAGUCUUCCUUUGCGUUUGAUAUGUCGUGUACAACGCAAGAGCGCCAUCGGAUGCUAUUGAAUGCGUUCAACUCGAUUUUUGCGCUGCUGGCGUCGAGCCCCGCGCCGUCCGCGGCAACGAUAUGCGCGCAGUGCCCAACCAUGGCCCACGAGUGCACAGCGGUGGUGACGCCCGCGGCCACCGCGGCAAAGGCAUUCCGUGACGCGUACGCCAUGCACGACGAAUGGGUCGGUCAAAUCAACGCCGCGCGCGACGACGUGGUCAAGCUGGGCGUGGGGACGAUGCAGCUCGCCAUCCAUGCCACGGACGAAACCAACGCAUUCUUGUUCCAAACGCUGCUCUCUUCAACUCCAAGUUCGUGGGACUUUUUUGGGUGGAUCUACUUGCUCGAGUGGGCCACCGGCGCACGCGAAGUCGUGUCGUUCGAAGGCGACUGGCGCAUCCUACCGCUUGUGUCGGACAAGUACGAUCCGAUCAUCAACGAAGCGCGAGCGUUGGAAGUCCCGAAGAGCGCGUGCCAGUACCUGUGGGUCGUGUCCGUCGUCGUCAGCGUCGUAUUGUUGUCGGUCGGCACCCUCGUGACUCUGUACAGCAUGUACCUGCGCGGUCGCAUCGUCGGGCGCAACCUGUUUCGAUUCAACCGUAUCGUUGGCGCCGUGUGGCUCGGUCGACCGUUCCUCUUGGUGCGUGGGAUGACGGCGGUCGUUGUCCUGAGCACGUCGCCGUUGAUAUUUCGCGUCCACAACGAGUACACGCAGUUUGAGUUUGCUCCUCGGACGUUUGUCCAGAGCAUGUUGGUCAGCGGCGAAGCGAUGUGGAUUUCGUACGUCGUCAACGACUUUUUGCUGCUGCUGACGCGCAACUCGCAGCCGCACUUUGCUCCGAUCAGCACGUGCUUGGGGUGGCUCAUCUACCUCUUGUACGACGUGUCGAGUCCGUACAAAGUCGAGGCCAACAUCGACCGACGGUGCACCUUCACAAUGCGCUACAAGCAGCUCCUCUGUGAUAGUGGGUCGGUCGCUAUCGGCGACUACACUCGUGCGGUCACGUACGUCUUCAUUCAGUUGGCGUGCAUCGCAGGAGCGUUCGUUGCCGUCCGGCUCUGGCAGUGCAUCCGCCCUUCCCAGCCAAAGUCGUACAACGGCCACUUGUUGCUGUCGGGGACUGCGACCGCUUUCCUCCACAAGGAGACGCUCGCCAACGGGGCGUGGGUCGUUGAUCGAGCGUCCUGUGUCAUGUGCGGACUCAUCACGGUGGGCAAGUUCAUCUUCGACCUGAAGCUGUGGUUGUUGGUCGUGGAUGCCAACAUUGCCACGCCAGUCAAGUGGGGCAUGAAGAUAUUUGCGCCGCCCGAGCUCACCAACGACCUCGCCAAGCGAUACGGCGACAAGCCAUCGUCCGACACCACCACGGACAAGCCACCCGUGAAGCCGCCAAACCGGCUCAUGGCUGCUGUUGGGUUGGCCUAUGUGUUUUCUACCAUCUUCGGCAGUAUCACGUACCUGACUUUGACGGCGACAAACAUGGCGAAUGACUUUUGGUGGGCCAACUUCAAUGCGUCGAGAGAGCAUGCCUACGUUGCUCGUCUGUACAACCUGCAGCUCGUGCUUCAGCCUCACGGGGGCGAAGUCGCGUUGGACGAUGCCCAGUUUGUCGACGGUGCGAACUACAGCAUUUCCUUACCCAAGGCAGUGUCAGUGGCAGUGCCGCCGCUGUAUGUGUCGCAGGUGCUGACCACGGACGCAACGGAGAUCGGUAUGGCCGUUCGUGGCCUGCGCCGCAUGGACGCGUGUCUUGCUCCGUGGAUAUCGGCCCAGUAUUGCUGGCUCGACUUUGGCAAGACGUGGGAAAUGGCCAACUCGGCCCAACGCCAACGCCGAUGCAACCAAAAUUACACGACCAACGGCGCCGUGUACUUGGAGAGCGUGCUGCGCAAUGUCGACGCGGACCAGCUUGACUCUUGUUGGGGCACAUCUCUCGACAUUGCGUUCGCGACUCCGCUCCGCGCGACCGACAAAGGACGGCAGUGGUGGGUCACGACACGGUCUGCGGAUAUUCCAGUGGCGGACGAAGUGGCGUACUGGCAGUCGGCUGGCGUCGCCACGUACACCGUCAACUGGCAAAACUACAAAACUGUCGGGAUCAUCGACACGUUCAACAUCAAGAACGCAUUCGGGUUCGAGUACCCCAUGACCCUCAAGUACACGAACGGGUCGCUUCAGUUGACUGCGCAGACCAUGCGUCGAGCCUGA